AUGGACAUGGAGACUGAGGUCCCAGCCCCUUUGGAGCAGGAUGACGGAAAUCCAGCAACAAAAAAGGUCAAGAACAGAGAAGAGGCAAGCCAAACGGCAGAUAAUUUAUCUUUCAAGGAAGCAAUUCUUAAAACGCAACAAAGUGAGAAAAUAAAAAUGCCUCCGAGGAAGCAAGUUAAGAUCCAAAUGAGAGAAUCUAUGGGAUUCUCAGUUAUAGUAAGUCCUCUUGGAAGAACUGUAGGCUACCAAGCGUUGUACAACCAACUCAUGGCAAUCUGGCAGCCUACAGGCGAAAUUGAAGUUGCAGACUCCAUCAACGGUCACUAG